AACCGGUUGCUAACAACAUGGCCGAUCUGAUUUGAAAAAAGGUAUUGAAGAGAAAAAAUCUUAUGGUACAGUCAUGUCAGUAAAAACUAAAAGAGAAUGUAAAUUUGAUAAGGAAUUUGACGAUCUCUCACGCAGCGUCGAUACUUGCAUAAACAGUCUACAAAAAAAUAAGCAGUACUAUGUUACUCCGGAAAUUUGCCGCGAACUCCGCCACCUUAAGAAUGGGGUUCAGCAUAUGCGUUUGGACGAUGAUCUUUUGAGAAGUUCUAGGGAAUGGUGCCAAAAAAACGAUGCCCAUAGUUUAGAAAUGGAAAGAAAGGGUGCAAAAUGUUCUUUGAACGUUGCCAAAUCGAGAUUAGAAGAAACAGGUAGAACGAUUGAUGUUAAUAAUUUUUCCAAAUUAUUGGAUGGACAAAGCAGGGAAGCUCAUCAUAAUACAGUUGGUAGGCUUAGAAACGCUCAAAGGGAAAUGGGUCCAUUUGCUCAUGGUAGCGUUAAUAGAUUACAAAACUUCUGCGAUUUUGUGGGAGUUACCGAUCGGUAUCAGAGCUACCGUGGCAACUUGAAUUAUCAGAGGCCGUCUACUAAUCGUCCAAUACCUGCUCGCUAUCAAUACGAGUCACGACAAACCCAAUCAGCUCCGGUACAAUGUAGAGUUAAGGAAAGAUCGCCGAUUAAAGAAAGAUCCAUUCAGGAGCAGUGUGGAAUUAAUACACUCUUUCCGGGAAUAUCCGAAUACGCUGAACGCUACAUAAAACCACGAGAGAAAGAAUCAACUGAUUUUGAAAUAAACCCGUCACCAGACUUUUCAAGAACUGGAAGGAGAAUUGCCACUCUUCGCUACGUUCCUGGAACUUCUGAAUAUCAAACAAAGUACAUUUGGCCGGAUGGCAGUACACUAAAAAGUGCCCCCUGGAUAGCGGAAGCCUAUUAGUUGAAGCUCAUUAAAAUUCUACACAAGUAGUAUAAAUGAUUUAUUAGCGAAUUGGAGGAGUACAAAAAAAAAGUAUUAUGAGUGUCAAAGUUGAUUAAUCAAGUAAACAUUUUUUAUCAUAUUAUUUAAUGAUUUGGGGCUGAUUAACGUUGUUAUGGUGACUGCAAAUGAAAAAAAUAUCAAAAUUGAUACAAAAAAUGGAAAGAAAGUUUAAAUUUUUUCUUUUUCUCCCCCUUCCCCCACUUCCUUCCCACCUUUCCUUUUUUCUCUCUCUCUCUUACUUUCUCUUUUAUAAGGCUUUUUUUCAAAAGAAAACUUUGAAAAAACUCUCUGCUCUCCUCUCUAUAGUCAAUCUAAAAGUGCUGUUCAAACACUUUUCAAGAACAAAUCUCUCUCUCUCUCUCUCUCUCUCUCUCUCUCUCCCACUUAAUGACAUGCUCAAUAAAAACUCAAAUUAUUUCAUCUUGUUUGAAUAUUUUUACAGAUAAAAAAUAUAGCCAGGUAGUAGCUUAUCAGUUUU